AUGUCGAGCCAGGAGAUAUCAGAGAAGGAUGCUACAACCCGCCCUGUCCGCGAUGGGGACAGCGUCGGGGACCUGAACCUCAUCAAGCACAGUUCUCGAGGCACUCUGCCGGAAUUGAAACAGGUCGCCAGCAAUGCUAUCAGCAGGGUGGCAUCUCGAAUCACAAAUCGGGACAUAAUAGAUCCUGGACCCCCUCCGGACGGCGGUUGGAAAGCAUGGCUCCAGGUAGGCAUGGCCUGGGUGGUCUGUUUCUGUACAUGGGGCUACAUCAACUCCUUCGGCGUCUUCCAGACGUACUAUACCGAUACAUUGGGCGAGACGCAGUCGACGAUAUCCUGGGUGGGAUCGAUCCAACUAUGGCUCGUCUUCUUUGUGAGCACGUUUUCCGGACGGGCACUGGAUGCCGGAUUGUUCAUCCCGACGAUGGUUCUUGGGUCGGUGAUUCAGGUUCUGGGCAUCUUCAUGACCAGUCUCUGUAAGGUGUUCUGGCAGCUUGUUCUGGCCCAGGGAAUCUGCACCGGCCUGGGCAGCGGCAUCAUCUUCUGUCCCUCGAUGGGCUUGGUGACCACGUACUUCCGGAAAAACCGAGGCAUUGCCGUGGCCAUUGUCACGACCGGCAACUCGGCAGGCGGCGCCAUCUAUCCGGUGAUUGUGCGACAACUGCUCCCGCAGAUCGGCUUUGCCUGGACCGUGAGGGUGCUGGGGUUCGUGAACCUGGGCCUCCUGGUGGCGGCGGUGGCGUUUAUGCGACCACGACUUCCGCCCCGGAAAUCCGGGCCCAUCUUGGAAUGGAAGGUCUUCUUGGAGGUGCCGUACGUGUGCCUCGUGGUCGGCCUGGCGUUCGUCUUUGGCGGUCUGUUCUUCGUCUACUACUAUCUGGCCUCGUACGGCCGCACCAUCAUCGGCAUGUCCUAUAUCGACUCGCUGAACCUGCUCAUCAUGUUCAAUGCCGUGGGGGUCCCCAUCAGGCUGAUGACCGGGUAUAUCACGGAUCGCUUCUUUGGGCCUAUGAACACCAUGGUCCCUCUUUUGUUUAUGAAUGCCUUGUUUGGCUUUGUCUGGAUCGCCGUCGUCUCCGAACCGGGCAUGUACGCUUUCUCCGUCUUCUAUGGAUUCGCCGCGGGCGCGUUCCAGUGCCUGUUUCCCACCACAGUCACCAGUCUGAAUGACGAUAUGAGUAAGAAUGGCGUGCGCAUGGGAAUGGCCUUUUCCGUCUUCAGUUUUGCCGGUCUGGCCGGUCCCCCUAUCGGAGGCGCUCUGUUGUCGACCAAUGGAGGCGGAAGAGGAGGUUAUUUGGUCGCUCAAUUAUGUCUGGGCUUCUCCACGACGAUCGGAUCGUUUUUCCUGUUGGCCGCCCGUGUGCACAAGCACGGUUGGAAUCUGAGGAAGAAGUGUUAG